AUGAGCAAAUUCUACGACCUCGCACCCCUCGACCGCACCGGCAAGCCCUUCCCCUUCAAGCAGCUGGAGGGCAAGGUGGUGCUCAUCGUCAACGUCGCGUCCAAGUGCGGCUUCACGCCGCAGUACGAGGAGCUCCAGGAGCUCUACAAGCGCUACCACGACAAGGGCUUCGAGAUCAUCGGGUUCCCCUGCAACCAGUUCGGCCACCAGGAGAGCGGCACGGACGAGGAGAUCGGCCAGUUCUGCAAGCUCAACUACGGCGUGACGUUCCCCGUCAUGAAAAAGGUGCACGUCAACGGCGACAACGCGGACCCCGUGUACGAGUACCUCAAGAACGAGAAGGCCGGCAUGCUGGGCUUCAAAGGCAUCAAGUGGAACUUCGAGAAGUUCCUCAUCGACAAGCACGGCAACGUCUACGAGCGCUACUCGUCGCUGACCAAGCCCGCCAACCUGGACGCCAAGGUCCAGAAGCUGCUCGGCGCCUGA